UCAGUGUACGUGCCGCGUCGGCGCGCCCAGUGAGAAGUUUCAGUGAUGGGUUCCCCGUCCAAGAGGCGUCUGGCGCCCACUGGGGAACCGGGGCACAGGAGCUGCCUGAGACCGAAACUUGGGGCCCAGAGGCUGGGUGCUGGGCCGCCCUCAUCGCCGGACUGCCGGGAUGGACUGGUUCACUACUUCUGGGGCAUCCCCUUUUGCCCCAGCGGCCUGCAGCCCGACCAGUACACCGGCGUCAUCGUGUGCCAGCUCCAGGCCUAUGAGCGUUGUUUGAAGCUGGCGCAGAGCCGCUUGCUGCGCAAGGCCCAGUUCGGGCCGCCGGUGUUGCCGCAGCCGGAACCCCAGCAGGGAGAAGAGCCGGCUAGAAGGAACUGGCAGGCAGAUAGAUCAAAGGCGGCGGAGCUGAGCCGGGAGAGUGAGCGGCUGGACGCGACCGACAAUCAGCCGCAGACUUCAAAUGUUUGUGCUGAAGAAAUCCCAGAGGAUGAAGGAGGACAGAACAGUGAGGAUGAGGCUGAGGGCAGCAGAGACACUAGUUCUUGUGCAAGUCCACAUGUUCAUCCAGAUGCGGCUGUGCUGUUCAUUGGCACAGAAACUCAGCAGAGCUCAUCUGAAGAAAUGAAUCCAGUGAGCGAAACUCCUCGAAGAUCUGUUAGUGAUUCAGCACAGGAGCCUGAAGACGUGGUUCUGAUCGAAGAUGAAGCUGAUGAGUUUCAACCCACACCAUCAAAGAAAUCUUAUGUGGAGUGUCCGAUCUGCAGUCACAAAUUCCCAUCAGAGAAGAUCGAGGUGCAUGCUGCUGACUGUAAUGAUACUUGCGAUGGGGGAUCUCAGCUGCAAGUGCAGACACGCAGCCACACACGCAGAGUGGCGAAACAGAAUGGCACAGAUGGAUCCAACUAUACCACUCUGAGACUCUACUGCUGUUACGUCCUCCCUUAUCAAAAAGGGCAGUGGUCCCCAACCACCGGGCUGCGGAUCGGUACAGGGCCGUGAGGAAAGGAUAUGAUUUGGCGAUAUGAAAUGAUAUGAGUCAGCUGCACCUUUCCUCAUUCCCUGUCAUGGUGACUGUUGAACUUGAACCCACGUGAGGUCAUCAGUCGCCUAAACCCACUGAUACCCUGGAGCCGGGGAUCCUGGUUAACCUCGCAGUGCCGUUGCUGCUGGCUUGCAGUGUGGACAGAUGGGCGCUGCCUCUAAAACUGUUUAGCACACUGAAUGUUUGUGGGGAACCGGGUCCUAAAAUAUUCGCAGGCGACCUAAUUCAGGCUCGGUUUCAUAAGUAGCAGAGCAGCUACCUCACUGCAAUCUACUGAAAGUCAUCCCUCGAGCCAAACUUUUGUUAGCUGAUAGAUCCUACGGAGGGGGGAGGUGGGUGCUUGCCCUGUCUCACUCCUCGCUUGGUCGGUCCCUCUCUCCGAUCUGUGACUGCCACGGCCCCGGCACGGGGACCUCUGGCCCUGACCUUGUCCUCUCACCCCACCUGUGACCAGCUGCCCCUGGCCAAGGCAUCUGGUGGCGGGCGGGCUGGAGCUUGGGCCUGGAGGCUAUCUAAAGAGGCAAUGAAGCCCUCAAAACUGCUUCAGUACCUUGAGUCCAGGCACCCUGUACUUAAAGACAAACCCACUGAGUUUUUUCAGUGGAAAAAGCGUGAGCAAGUGGGACAGAAGCAAGUGCUGAGAGCCACGUAAACUAAAUUGCUGAAUAGACUGGACAUAAGGAACCCCCUUCAAGUAUUGCUGUCUCCCAUCAGGCCAUGAUGGGGCCAUCUUGUUGCAGGGAAACAAGGCCUGGGCUCCUACUGAUUCAGCGAUAUUGGUGUGUUGCAAUGAUUUUAUAUGUUCAUACGAGGAAAAUAUGUGCUAUGUGUUUGAUAUCCAAACGUUACUUAAAAUGUUAUGCUAUUGACUUAUAAGUGAGUUAUAAUUGACUUAUCACUAUAUUCAUGUGAGGAAAAUAUGCGGUGUGUUUAAUAUUAAAUUGGUUAGAGAAACCCUUUUAGAAACAAAAUUGAGUGUAUUAGCCACUUAUAGUUGACAUCACCUAUAUUCCGGCCUUGAUUAACAUCCCCGCACCCCACCCCCCCAACCCCACCAUCGGCCGGUCCAGAAGAAUAAUGUCAAAAUUAAACUGGUCCGCUGUGCAAAAAAGGUUGGUGACCCCUGAAAGAGGGUAUAUGCCCUCCACAGUUACCUAUACUUCUGUUUUGCCUGUAGUAUCUGUAUCUGAGCUGCCAGUUCUGCCUUAUGUUUCUUUUAUGGACAUGACAUAACCCAGUCCUCAGUGCCAAAGCACGCUUUGAGUUUCACAAGGUAUCUUGAUGAGAAUCUCAGCCUGAAACAACAUAUAUUCAAAGUUCAAAAUAUAUUUAUUAUCAAUGAACAUAUAUGUCACCAUAUACCACCCUGAUGCUACCUGGCCUGCAAAGUUCCUCCAACAUUUUGUGUAUGUUGCCCAUCCUCUGAGAUUGCCUACCUUACCUUUUAACCAUAUAACCACAAAACAAUUACAGCAUGGAAACAGGCCAUCUCGGCCCUUCUAGUCCAUGCCGACACUUACACUCACCUAGUCCCACUGGCCCACACUCAGCCCAUAACCCUCCAUUCCUUUCCUGUCCAUAUAACUAUCCAAUUUUACUUUAAAUGACAAUACCGAACCUGCCUCUACCACUUCUACCAGCUACAUUCCACACAGCUACCACUCUCUGAGUACAGAAAUUCCCCCUCAUGUUACCCUUAAACUUUUGCCCCCUAACUCUCAACUCAUGUCCUCUUGUUUGAAUCCCCCUACUCUCAAUGGAAAAAGCCUAUCCACAUCAACUUGAUCUAUCCCCCUCAUUAUUUUAAAUACCUCCAUCGAGUCCCCCCUCAACCUUCUACGCUCCAAAGAAUAAAGACCUAACUUGUUCACCCUUUCCCUGUAACUUAGGUGCUGAAACCCAGGUAACAUUCUAGUAAAUCUUCUCUGUACUCUCUCUAUUUUGUUGAUAUCUUUCCUAUAAUUUGGUGACCAGAACUGUACACAAUACUCCAAAUUUGGCCUCACCAAUGCCUUGUACAAUUUUAACAUUACAUCCCAACUCCUAUACUCAAUGCUCUGAUUUGUAAAGGCCAUCAUAUCAAAAGCUUUCUUCACCAUCCUAUCCACAUGAGAUUCCACCUUCAGGGAACUAUGCGCCAUUAUUCCUAGAUAACUCUGUUCUACUGCAUUCUUUAAUGCCCUACCAUUUACCAUGUAUGUCCUAUUUUGAUUAUUCCUACCAAAAUGUAGCACCUCACACUUAUCAGCAUUAAACUCCAUCUGCCAUCGUUCACCCCACUCUUCUAACUGGCCUAAAUCUCUCUGCAAGCUUUGAAAACCUACUUCAUUAUCCACAACGCCACCUACCUUAGUAUCAUCUGCAUCCAAUUUACCACCCCAUCAUUAAUGUAUAUGACAAACAACAUUGGACCCAGUACAGAUCCCUGAGGCACACCACUUGUCACCGGCCUACAACCUGACAAACAGUUAUCCACCACUGCUCUCUGGCAUCUCCCAUCUAGCCACUGUUGAAUCAAUUUUACUACUUCAAUAUUAAUACCACUUCAAUAUUGAAUCUUGAGAAUUGAAAUAAAUGCAGUUUAGCUAAUUAAUUACUUUCCCUGCCUUUAUUGUGCACUGGCUAUCCUGAUUAUGAGAUUUGCUCUCGCUGGCAACUGCUUUAUCCCAUGAUCAUAUCAUCAAAGUCUCAUUACCCUGCCAAUCUAGUUUAAACCCUAUCAGUAUUGAAUUAACUAAUUUCCCUGCAAGGAUAUUGGUUAUCCUCUGGUUCAGUUGCAGUCUGCCCCUCUUGUACAGGUCACCUCUACUCCAGAAAAGAUUUCAGUGGUUAAAGAACCUUAAUCACUGCAACCACCUGAAUCACCAGCAACUCAGUCACGUAUUCAUGUGGCCUAUCCUUAUGUUUCUGACAUGUAGCAUCAGGACUUAUCCUCAAGGUCCUGCCUCUUUUUAACAACUUAUACUCAUUUUGCAAGGCCUCAUCCCUUGUUAUACUUAUGUCAUUUGUAUCAACAUGUGCAACUAUUUCUGGGUGUUCAUCAUCCCCUUCAAACAAUUUUCUGCAGCCACUCUGAGAUAUCCUUGAUCCUGGCACCCAGGAGGCCGUACAUCAUCCUGUCAUCUCUUCUAUAGCCCCAGAAUCUUCUGUGUGCUCUGUAAUUAUUGAGUCUUUUAUCACAAUCACCCUGUCUGACUGCAUAUUUUCCUUCUGAUCCUCAAAGUCUAUUUGAAGUGUCAGAGACCUGACUCCCUCUGCUAGCCCUGAAAGACCAUCUCCCUCAAUAGUAUUCAAGGGAGUAUACCUGUUAGUGAAGGGUAUGGUCACAGAAGAAUCCUGACUGCCUACUCCCCAUCCUAUUCCUUGGGGUUACUCAUCAAGCUGAAGCUUGUAUUUUGGGUGUGACCACCUCAGUACAGUCGGCCCUCCUUAUCCGCGAGUUCUGGAUCCGUGAAUUCAACCAACCACGAAUCAAGAAAACCCAGAAGUGCUCUUCCAGCACUUGUUGUUCGAGCAUGUACAGACUGUUUUUUCUUGUCAUUAGUCCCUAAACAAUGCAGUAUAACAACUAUUUUACAUAGCAUUUACAUUGUAUUAAGUAUUAUAAGUAAUCUAGAGAUGAUUUAAAGUAUAUGGGUGGAUGUGCGUGGGUUAUCAUGGAUCGGGAUUAAAAAAAAAUCGGAAGUUCUCUUACUAUGUAAGUUGGAACAGGUACAUCCAGUACUAUUUAAUGUCAGUUAGUCAAACGUUUGUCUUAGUAUAUAGUAUAUAUUUUACCUUUCCAUGCAUAUAAAACACUUAAGAAACAUAUGUUUCAGCACCGGUUUUGGGAACAGAAGUUCCUGAGUUCGAUCCAGUGACAGACCACUAUCGAGUGCACUCUCCAUUCAUGCCGGGUUGAUGUGGAGGAUCAAAAACUCAAAACCCCAAAAUCCAAUAAUAAAACCUCUGUGUUGUUUAGUAAUAGUUGUAGCUUUCAUCGGGGCAGAGCCUUUCUCACUUUAUCUUUUAAAAUUGUUCCGAUUGUUGACCGAUGUAGUCUAAUGCUUUUCCAAUGACUGAUGGCAUUUCACCUCUUUCCCAUUGCUUUAUUAUUUCCACUUUAUUUUCAAUCGUGAUCGUGAUUAUUUUCGUGAACAGGAACACUGCGGAUUCAGAGCUCCGAUGCUAAGUCCUAAUGUCCACUGCACUGAGACAGGUUAAAUAAGGUCUGGGGUUCCACUGGGUCCUAAGGUCCACCACAUUGAGACAGGUUGAAUAAGGGGCUUGAGCAUCCGCAUUUUUUGGUAUCCGUGAGGGGUCCCGGAACCAAUUCCUCGCAGAUAAGGAGGGCCAACUGUAAAAGCUUCAGCUUUGUGGUUCUCGGUUUCCCAGGUGCUUCUUUGUAUAUCCAGAUCCAGCUGUGGUACCUUGACCCAAUCUGUCAGGAGCUCCAGCUGGCACACUUUCCAUAGAUGUUGUCCUCAAGGAGACCAUGAAGUUCCCUUCUCACAUCUUGCAGAAGGAACAUUCUGUUACCCAAAAUGCCGUUCCUCCUUCACUGAAUGAGGUACUGAGGAUGAACAGCAAAGGUAAAACCUGUGAUCUGUACCCCUUUACUAAAGCCUCAGGAACCAAGGACUCAACUUCCCGGUCUCUCAGUUUCUCAAAGGGCUGCUCUACUUAACUUGCUUUCAUUGAUGAAUGCUCUCCAAUUAGCCAAUAAAUGAGAUUUGCCUUUUUAAAGUUCCUGCUCUCACUCCAAGCAACUGGGCCAGUUACUCAGCCUCUUCUCACCAGAGUGUCUUGAGCCAAAGCCUCCCUACUCCUCCACUGGCAUGUGUGGAAUGCUUGAUAUUGUUUAUGUGAGAGAGGGUGAGUGUGUGUGUGUGUGUGUGUGUGUGUGUGUGUGUGAGAGAGAGAGAGAGAGAACAUUAGAAUGUGUUUGUGAGAUUGUGAAGUUCUUUGUGUGUAAGGCUAUAUGUGUUUGAAACCUUGUAUGUGUAUGAGUGGAAUCUUGUAUGUAUGAGAGAGUUUGUGGGCUUAUGUGUAAAAGAGUAAUUUUGUGCACGUGGGAGCGGGAGCGCGAUAGGUUGUGUGUGUGUGAGGGAGCACAUGAGGUGGUAGAGAAUAGAUGAUAGAGAAAGUGAGCUUGGAGAGAAGGAGUGUGCGAGAUUGCAAGCAGGUGAGGGAAUGUGUGCAAGAGAGAUUGAGAGACUGUGCUGAUUGCACAUGAAGAGUGUGUGUUUGACAAGUUGCCCACAGCUGCACUGAUCUCUGCCUGAUGGGUGUGUCAAUGAGGGGUUGGCUUCUUCUCAGCUCUCCUGAUUGUUAUACAUGCUCUGUCCACUUUCCAGAUGUGAGCAGCUGAAUGAGUGAAAAGAAUGGUUGAUUUCCCUGCCUCAGGAAUACUCUGAUCCAAUGAUCUGCAGGUCUGGUACCGUCCCAGGAUGUACAGCAUGUGCCCAGGACCUGCUGUAAAUAAUCUCAUUAAAAGCAAUUAUUUCACGCUAUGUACACCUUUUUCAGAAUUGUCCAUUAAUUGGUGUGUGUGAACAUGGGAAUGUGCUCCACUGUUAACUCCUUGCACUUCCUUGAUGCAUUCGCAGUACCACUGUGGUCCUCCCUCAUUAUGCUCCAUGCACGAGAUGUCUUCUCUUUUAAUGCACUUCUGCAGCAGGGAUAAGGGCCAAAUACAGGUAAUAGGACUACCUUAGAUGGGCAUUUGUGAUAGCAUACAGGAAUUGGGCAAAAGGGCCUAUUUCCAUGCUGUAGGACUGUUUGUCAUCAGCACUUCACAGUUCUUUGCCUGCACCAGUGCAGCUGUACCGUGUAUUCGGCAGAUUAUGGAAAUUGUACUGGGGAUAUUCCUCUUGCUGACAACAGCACUGUCAUUUUCACAGGUAAGGUCCUUUAUUGAAUUCUUUUCCUGAGAGCUGUAAACUGAGAGAUGUGAUAAUUAUGCAAACACGAGGAAAUCUGCAAAUGCUGGAAGUGUCGACUGCAUUUCUUCCUAAAGAUGCUGCCUGGCCUGCAGCGUUCCACCAGCAUUUUGUGUGUGUUGAUGUGAUCAUUAAGUCAUUUUGGUGCUCAGGUGGCUUAUGAUGUGGACAUUUGAUCUGUGAAUAAGUGGAUGAGCUCGACGUCUGUGCCAAUAAAUCCAGCUGCAGUAAUGAUGUGGGCUGAGCUACAGAGAGCUGCUGACACUGCUGCCCCCCAUUCAGUAUACAUCAUUCUGCCUUUUGUGGUGAUAGUGCGUGAAUGGUGCUUUGUGCCUUAUUGACUUCUCAAAACUCCUCCCAAUAAACAUCUCAGUCACAUCUAGCUGUUACUGGGUUUGGAUAUGGCCCAAGUGCAGAGCGAGAGACACCGAGGUGGGUCAAUAGUUCACAGCCUUUAAUGCAAAUAGAGAAGGAUAAAAAAAACAAUAAACGUUAGGCCAAACAGAGCAGUUAACUAAAACUCUCAAAUGGAAAGCGAAGCCUACUCUGUGGCUGAAAGGAAUAACUAAAUAUAAAACAAAUAUAAAAAAGUCUUCAGAGCCAGUUGACUCGACAGUCCAGUUUCCCAGGCAAAGCCAAACCCAAGCAGGCAACGAAGCGUUGCUGUGCUAGGUUCAAGUCUCAAAGAGCGCUAUGAUAAAAAGAAUGGUGUUAAAUACUAUCACAAUGAAAUAAUAAUUAGCUGACAAGUGCAUAUUCACUAGCGCAAUUGACAGAUCUGCUGUGCUGCCGAAUCAGUGGUAGUGACACCUAGCACUUUUAGUGCAGGUACGUUGUUGUACUAUUUCCAGCCAAAGCUGAAUUUUGUGAGGAAUCAGCCCCAGAUCAAUUGUUGAGGUGCAUGUAGAAAAUCUUGCAUCAUGUCAUUUCCCACCCCUGCACAUACCGCCUUGAGAUCCACAAACUGCUAGGUCAGUCAGUAACCCACACUCCUGCAUCACUUCCUGCUUUGAUACACAGAGAAUGUUCCCAGUAAACUUGUGGCGUAUUCAGUAACAUUCAUGUUAGAAGAAAGUUCCCUCUUUCCUGUUGCUCAAGAAUGGAAUAGCCUACAAAAAGUAGUAGCUACAGAGUCGGUCAGAGAAAAGGCCCUCCCACAAUUGAGGCAAUGUCAUGAGAAAGCCCAAUCCAUUGUCAAAAACGCCUUCCGGCCAUGCCAUGCUCUCUUCUCGCUGCUGCCAUCGGGAUGGAGGUAUAGGAGCCAUAGGUCCCAUACCAACAGGUUCAGGAGCAAUUAUUGCCAUUUAACUCUCAGGCUCCUGAACUAGAGUGGAUAACCACAGCACCUAAUGGAUUCUGCAACCUGUAGGCUCACUCUCAAACACACUACACUCAUGUUCUCAGUAUUAUCUACUGCUUUUAAUUAUGUUUUUUUGUAUUUUCACAGAUUGACUUUUCACAUUGAUCUGUCAGUCUUUGUGUGUAUAUUUUCAUUGAUUCUGUUGUAUUUCUUUGUUCUACUGUGAAUGCCUACAAAAAAUAUAGUGACACACACUUGUAUGUACUUUAAUAAGUUAACUUUGAACUUCUGUCCAACAAUCUGAACAGUGAUUGGUUUAUAAUUGAUCUCCUGUAGCUAAUCUGCUCAGCCCUGCCAGACUUUCUUCUGUGAUCCCAGAACCUUGCACUUUGUUUGCAGAAGAAAAGAAUGAACCCAAGGCUGGUGUUUCAAUCUGUAACAAGGUCGUUAAUGAAGUAAGAGAGAGAACUGCUGAAGUAAAUGGAUAAAUCAGUCCAUCUGCUAUGUAGACAUUUAAGGAAAUAGUCUAGAAUACAUUCCCAUUGCUAGAAGAAUGUGAUGCAGAUGUUAGGUCAGAAGAAUGGACAAAAUAUGAAACAGGAAGAGAAUGACUCAGGCACCACGGUAGCGGACGAUUAGUGAGAAACUUACAACUCUGUGUUUCUGUGUUCAGAGCUCAAUUCUGGUGCCAUUCUGUAAGUAGUCUCUGUACAUCCCAUGCAAUACAUGAACUUUCCCUGGGUGUUCUGGUUUCCUCUCACAGACAGGUGUACUGUACUGGGUAAGUUAACUGGUCAUUCUAGCUUGUCCUGUGAUUAGGUCAGGGUUUAUUGAGGUUGCUGAGGCAGCAGGGUUUAAAGGAUCAGAAGGCCUACUGUAUCAUUAAGUAAAUAAAGGAGAUACAGGAUAUGGGCAAGUUCCUGAAUGAGUACUUAUGUUGGUAUUCACCAAGGAGAAGGAUGUAGAGGAUAGUGAAAUCAGUGGGGAGUUUGCAUUUAUGCUAAGGCAUUUUGAGGUAAGGAAAGGUGGUGAUCUCUAAAGCUGGUUGUCCUCAUGGUGUGAUGGGAUACAUCCAGGUUACCAGGAGGGUGAAGUGAUGACAUUCCUGGGAACUUGACCUAGAUCUCUGUGCCCACUCCAGACACAGAUGAAGUCUUGGAGGACCGGUGAGUAGUUAAUAUUUUCAUUUUUUCAAGAACAGAAAUAGAAAUGCUCCUGGAAUUUAUUGUCUGGUGAAUCUCACAUUAGUAAUAGGGAAUCUAUUGGAGAGGAUUCUCAGGAGUAGGAUUUAUGAGCAUUUGCUGAAACAAUCUAAUCAGGGACUCAGCGUGACUCUAUGAGACAAAUCAUAUCUGACUAACUUGAUUAUUUUGAGGAAGUAAUAAAGGGAGCCAUGGAUGUUGUAUAUGUGAAUUUUAGUAAGGAGUUUGACAGAGUCCCUUCUGGUAGGAUCAUCCAGAAGACUAAAAUGCAUGUGAUCCACAGUAUAUUUGCCCAUUUUAAUACAGAAUUGGCUUGCCUUGUGAAAGGGUAGUUGUCAAUGGAGGGUAUUCUGGCCAGAGGUUCAUAACUAGUGGUGUUCCACAAUCAUCUGUACUGGAACCUCUGCGGUUUGUGAUAUACAUAAAAGACUUGCAUGGGUGGGUUAGUAAGUUGCAGAUAACACAGAUUAGUGGUUUUGUAGAACUUAGGGAAGAUUUCCCAAGGAUACUGCAGGAUAUAAACAGUACCUGACAUCAGCAGAGAAAUGGACGAUAGAAGCCAUGUGUAAAGGAAUAGUACAGUGUUAAUGGUAGGACCUUUGAAAGUGUUCUUGUGUAGAGGAAUCUCAGGCUGCAAGUUCAUAGCUCUCUAAAAGUGGCUGUACAAAUCAGAAUCAGGUUUAUUAUCACUGGCAUGUGUCGUGAAAUUUGUUAACUCAGCAGCAGCAGUUCAAUGCAAUACCUAAUAUAGAAGAAAAAAAUUUAAAUGAAUAAUAAAUAAAUAAAUCUAUGACAGUAUAUGUAUAUUGAAUAGAUUAAAUUGACAGUGUGGUAAGAAUAUGUAUGGCACACUUUAUUAGAUAUUAUAAGGAUUAACUCAAUAAUAAUGAUCAGUUAGGCACAGAGAAUCUGUAUUUACUGACAAGAUCUCAGAUAACAAGCACAUGAAUUUACAAAUUAAGUGUGUGCACAUCCACUAGGGUUCUUUCUGACCCUCUAUGAGCAGACAAAGAAUAGAAAAGGUAAUAUCCAGGAAAAGGGUGUUUGUUCCUUGUGUUCCCUAUGUAAUCACCAUAAGUGUGAUGUAGGUUCCUCUACAUCUGCGAUGGUUGGUCUCUGGAGUUGUCACUGUGAGCUCAAA